GGCUGCGGGAGCACAGUCGGAGCUGAACUCACUCCACAGUUUUAACGGAGGGCAGCCAGUCGGCACCGGGACCGGGCGCGACGGAGUUUGAACAGGCGACUUUUAUUAACCUGAACCUCGCGAGAAGCAGAGGAGAGACCCCGGGGAGCAGCACGGAGCGGACCGGGGGCACAUGGAAACGCUAUGUCGCUGGGAAAACGGCGGCGGACUUCUUCAUAGUUUCACUCGAGAGGAGGCGAAGUGAGCUGCGAGAUAAACAUGCUCACCCCGAUGCUGGCCUCCCUGCUGCUGCCUCUGACCCUACUCUGUCGGAUCUCUUUCUGCCAGUAUUCAAGCGACCAGUGCAGCUGGAAGGGCAGCGGUCUCACUCACGAAGGCCACGCCAGGGACGUGGAGCAGGUGUACCUACGUUGCUCUCAAGGCUCUCUGGAGUGGCUGUACCCCACGGGGGCCAUCAUCGUCAACCUACGACCCAACACGGUCUCCCCCGCCGCCGCCCGCCUCUCCGUCUGCAUCAAACCCUACACAGACUCCAGUGGCACCAACAUCUACCUAGAUCGUAAUGGCAAGCUGCGGUUGCUGCUGCGCGAGCAGGACCAAGGUCAGGGCAAGGUGCAGUGCUUUAGUAUCCAGGAGGGGGCGCUUUUCAUCGAGGCCGUCCCGCACAUGGACAUCAGCCGGCGGAUCACGGCGUUCCAGUACGAGCUGGGACCAGAGGUGCACUCACGUGGUGCACCCUGUCAGCCCUGCAGUGACGCUGAGAUGCUUCUAGCAGUCUGCACCAAUGACUUUGUGGCACGAGGCAGUAUUAAAAAAGUGGAGCAGGAGGAGGAGCACUCGUCUGUCAGCGUGGAGAUCAGCCGCCUCUACAGACAGAAGACCCAGGUUUUCAUAUCUGGGGGUGUGAGGGUACGGAGGUGGACUGGUCAUAUCAAGAUGCCCCUUCAGUGCGGGGUGAGGUCUGGAGAGGGCGAGUUCCUCUUCACCGGGACAGUGAGGUUUGGGGAGGCCUGGAUGGGUUGCGCCCCACGCUACAAAGACUUCUUGCGGCUUUAUCACGAGGCGCAGCAGCAGGGGACCAACCCCUGUCACGUGGACACUGACUGAGUGUGUUGACUGCCCACGCUUGGAAUUAUGACAAGUCCUCACUGGGUGGGGAGGAGAGCUGAACCAAGAGUUCAUGCUCAGGAGAGACAGAGGCUGACAGACUGGCCCAGAGCCUCUCUCCUCUCCUGCUGUCUCGUGACUCUUUGGAGACAAAGACUGGAGCUCCUGAAUGUUGCCAAGCAGCAUGCUGGAUCGACUCGACGCUCAAAGUCAAACGUGAUGAAACGUGGAAUGUGUUCGGACUGCCUUUCUCGCAGACGGGGAACUCCCAGAUUUUAAAUGUAGCAAAAUCCCCAUUUGGUUUUUAUGUGUAUAAAAUGUGAAUGAACAUUGUAUAUUUUGAAGCUCUGCCUGCUUUGUAAAAACAAACAUAAAAGCUUGAUGUACAGUUUUGAAGUUAUUUCUUAUGACAGAAAUGUAUAAAGUGAAAGCCUCUUAUUUUUAUUUUGUUAAAAAAUGAUUUGCAAUUUUAAUGCCUGGAUUCAUGUGUUCUUUUCAGGCUGUACAAUUGUUUAAAAAAAAAAACAAGCCAAAAAAAUUGAGAAUAAAAGCUUUUUGUCCCUGGAUAA